UGUGUGUGUGUCGGCAGUUGUCAAACGACGGAGUGUCGUGGAGUGUCGUUUGCAAACACAAAGGUUGUAGUCGAGUUAAAACGAAAACGAUUUUGUCAAUUAGUUGCACGCGCGGAAGAAUCGUUUUCUCAAUAAUGAAUACCGCGGUUCGUCGUGUCACGUCCAGCGUUGGAACGCUUUUGCGCGUGAGAUGCGUGUCGACGAGUUGCGUCAGGCCGAAGGACGACUUCCAAGAUCUGAUUCAUCCGGAUGGUCGGGAACCCAGUAUCCCGCGGUACGUGGAACGCGACGGAGAAGAUGCGGAUCUCAAGAGAGCACGACUGGUGUAUCAGUCCCGCAAACGCGGCAUGCUGGAGAACGGUCUGCUUCUAAGCACGUUCGCGAAGAAGUACUUGGACACGUUUGACGAUACGCAAUUGAGAUUGUACGACCGGCUCAUAAAUCUGCCCAGCAACGACUGGGAUAUAUUUUACUGGGCGAGCGGCGUUAAACCAACACCGUCCGAAUUCGAUAACGAGGUGAUGGACAUGUUGAAAAAACACGUUCGUAACGAAGAUCGACAAGCCAGGAUAAUUCAACCGGAUCUGUAAAUAAACAUCUGUAUAGUAAUGUGUUUGGAAGUGUGUAAAAAUGUGUACAGUAGUAAAGUAACUUCUAGUCCCCGAUGUAAAUUUAUCUCAAUAAGUUGUUGCGUGUGAUAUGAGGAGAGUUAAUAAAGAAACGAGUAGAGUGGAAUUAAUCUUC